AUGUGGGACUUUUUGCCUUGCAUAGAUUUGCUUCUAGUUGCUUGGUCAGAUAUGGGUGCCGAAGGAAUCGCUUCGCCUAAUGAUGGCGGGGUGCCGAAGGCAUCACUUUCGCCUAAUGAUGGCGGGGCGCCGAAGGCAUCACACUCGUCGAAUCAUGAAGCUUGUAGAACAACCUUAAGUCCCCAUUUUUACUUUUUAGAGGGGUGCCGAAGGCAUCGCUCUCGUCUAAUGAUGGCUGUCGCGCCUAAUAAUGACGCGGUACCGAAGGCAUAUCUCGCGCCUAAUGAUGGCGGGGUGCCGGAGGCAUCUCUCGGGCCUAAUGAUGACGGGGUGCCGAAGGAGAGAGCCAAGGAAUUGGAGCUGGGCCAUUAG